AUGUCUGAUAGCAGCGAGAUGGGCAGCUCGGAGAAGCCUGUUGUGGCGUCCGAAGUCACAAUGGAGACGUCUCCCAGCAAAACCAAGUCUCAAGAAGAUGCUGCCUCUCAGCCGCGAAGAGAACUGUUCAUCCGGUCGCUUCCCGCCUCAGCGACGACCGAGAGCCUCGCCGAGCACUUUUCGCAGUCCUACGUGAUCAAGCAUGCCGUUGUUGUUCUCGAUCCCAAGACAAAGCAGUCGAAGGGCUAUGGUUUCGUGACGUUUGCCGAUGUUGAGGAUGCGCAAGCUGCGUUAGAGGAAUUGAACGGGUCGACGUUUGAAGGGAAGAAGAUCAAGGUUGAAUAUGCGCAACCUCGUCAGCGUGUCGUUGAUGAGGCUGCUGGAAAAAGUGCACCGUCUGCUGCUGCGCUGGAGCGCAAGAAGGAGAGGGAACAGCAAAAGGCCGAUACCCAGCCACCGAAGCUAAUUGUACGGAACCUGCCCUGGAGUAUCAACACCCCGGACGAUCUCGCGCUGCAUUUUAGGAGCUUCGGAAAGGUUAAAUAUAUUACCCUUCCAAAGAAGGGGACCCAAUUGGCUGGGUUCGGUUUCGUCGUGCUGAGAGGGAAAAAGAAUGCCGAGAAGGCCCUGGAGGCUGUGAACGGCAAGGAAGUUGACGGGAGAACAUUGGCUGUGGAUUGGGCUGUGGAGAAGGAGGUAUGGGAAACCCAGCAGAAGGAAGACGAGCAACAAGAGCCAGAGGUCAAGGAAGAGUCGAGCGACGUGGACAUGGAUGAAGGAGGCGUUGGCUUGGUCGAUGAGGACCUCGACGAUGCCAUGAAUAGCGAAGAGGAUGACGAUGAUGAUAUCAAGAAUGAAGAUGAGGAGGACGAGGAAGAGGAAGAUAAAGAGGGGGGGAAAGAAGACGAAAGAAACGCCUCUACGAUAUUCAUCCGUAACCUACCAUUUACCUGUGACGAUGAAACACUCUACGACCACUUCACCGAAUUCGGAACCCUUAGGUACGCACGAAUCGUUGUAGACCCAGAAACCGAACGCCCUCGCGGUACCGGCUUCGUCUGCUUCUGGAAGCCCGAAAACGCGCAGACCUGUGUGCAGGGCGCACCGAAACAGCAAGACCCUCUGGCUGCGGAGAAGGAGAAAGGAAAGAAGGGAUCGAUCAUCAAGCAGUCUGUUCUUCAAAAUGAGAAUGCCGACCCCACGGGUAAAUACACUCUCGAUGGCCGUGUCCUACAGAUCAGUCGGGCCGUGAGCAAGUCGCGGGCUACACAGCUGCAGGAGGAGGGCGUUUCGAAACGGCUCGUCCGGGAUACUGACAAGCGACGACUGUACCUUCUCAACGAAGGAACGAUCUCACCGAGUUCGACUCUUUACCAGCAACUGUCGCCCUCAGAAAUCAAGAUGCGCGAAGACAGCUUCAAGCAACGGCAGAAUUUCAUCAGAAAAAACCCCUCCCUUCAUUUCAGUUUGACUCGUCUUGCUGUCCGCAACUUGCCCCGCCAUGUCACCGCCAAAGAUCUCAAGCAAUUGGCCAGAGAAGCCAUUGUUGGAUUCGCCAAAGACGCCAAGGAAGGUAUUCGCGAGCCCCUCUCUAGAGAAGAAAUGGACCGAGCAUCCGAGGAGAUGAGAGAGGCCGACCGGAUGCGAAAACAGAAGGGUGUUGGGAUUGUCCGCCAAGCAAAGAUUGUCUUCGAAGGCCGGGAUGGAAGCAAGGUUGACGAAGGCAGCGGCGCAGGGAGAAGCAGAGGAUACGGAUUCAUCGAAUACUAUACUCACCGGCACGCACUUAUGGGUCUCCGAUGGCUAAAUGGACACGCCAUCAGCCCGCCGAAGAACGUCUCCGAGGAAUUGAAGGAUAGAAAGAAGCGAAUGAUUGUUGAAUUUGCCAUUGAGAAUGCUCAGGUUGUCAAGCGCCGCAGCGAGCUACAAGAGAGGGGGCGCAACUUCAAGAAGGACAAGAAGGAUGAAGAUGCGCCUCAAAAGGGAGACUCGAAGAACAACCGUGAUGCUGGGUCUAAGGGUCAGAAGAGAAAGCGUCCUGAGAGCAACAAUGGCAAGAGCAAGGAGGAAGCAGAAGAGGAAAACAAGGUCGCGAAGCGGAAUCGCAUCAUCGCGAAGAAGAGGAUGCAACGGAAAUCUCGCAAAUGA